ACACACACACCCCACCCCACUCUCUCUCAGUGGCCACGGCAUGGAAAACACGCGAAAUUUAUAGAUUGUGUGUUAUUCCUAUAAUCUGCCCUGCAAUUUACGGCGCCCAUCUUUCGUCCGUCUUUAUCUCCUCACAAGAGAAAGCAAUAGUAACCCGUUCGGGAUGUGGUGUGUUUGCAGGAGCUGAGCUGCUCGUCUGCUUCUCCCUGUCGAUUAGCGGUAGCUUUCUAUUAUCAUCUGAUGUUCGGCUGAUUCGGUCGCCCCUACGCCUGGCAGAAUAAGGAACACAGCGAGGAGGAAUAUCGUGGAGGUCCAAAGGAAUUGUUGACUAUCCAUGAGUACCGAUUUCAAGCACCAUACUUUCAGGAUGCCAAACAUAGGGUUCCAGAACCUUCCCCUCAAUAUUUACAUUGUUGUGUUUGGGACGGCUAUAUUCGUCUUCAUCCUCAGCCUGCUCUUCUGCUGCUACCUGAUAAGAUUACGGCACCAGGCCCACAAAGAGUUGUACGCAUACAAACAGGUUAUACAGAAAGAAAAGGUCAAAGAGCUAAAUUUGCAUGAGAUAUGUGCAGUGUGCCUGGAGGAGUUCAAACAGAGAGAUGAGCUGGGCAUCUGCCCAUGCAAGCAUGCCUUUCACAGAAAGUGCCUGAUUAAGUGGCUGGAGGUGAGGAAGGUGUGCCCGCUGUGCAACACCCUGGUGCUGCAGCUGGCCCAGCAGGCCGGCACCCCCACCGACACCCCCACACAACAGCCCCUUCCUGGGGUGGAGAACCUGGUGUAGCCCACAGCCACCCUGCCCACCCACCAACACCAUAUCACCACACAAACUGAGCACACACACGUACAAGGACCCACACAUUCACAGACACGCACAGGUACAGAGGCACACAUAUGCCUCCAAGAUGUGCCUCCCAGAUGCCGGCGCACAUAAUCGCACAAAGCGAUGCAAACACACACACAUCCACACACAUGCAUCCACACACAUGCACUGCCAACUCAAAUACACACAACCUGCCCUGACAUCUGGAUAGAGGAGCCGGACAAUUGAUCUGUAUCCAAGAAGUAGUGAAGGAGAGGCUGGAGCUUUGGUGUAGAACUGUCUUGAUCUGCCAUUAAUCUCUUUCAACGGCUGCUCACUUUGCCUUUCUUGAUACCUGGAUACCUUGGAUGUCAGUGCCAUCUCAUAAUGUACACUCUGUUGAGCUUGCCCUAUUGUUGUUGUUGUUAAACGGACAGUGCAGAAGAAGAUGAUGUUUGCUUCUCAGCCAAGACUGUUUCACAACCAAAGCAAUUUGAUUGGGACACCAGCAGAAUGCGAGUUCAUGAAAAAACUGUUUUGUUUUUUUAAUCUAUUUUUUGUUUGUUUUUGACAAGCACUUUAUGAUGACUGAACCUUAAUUGCUUGUGAUGGAAGUAGCAAGGUAAUAUUUUAUUAUAAUUUUUCGAAAUUUGUUUCUUAAUAUGUGUGUUUUUAUUUUAUUUUUAUUAGUUUAAGAUUUUUAUAAGGACAACGUUGAUCUUAAAGGGACAACCGUAUUUACAAUAUGUUGCGGAAAGUGAAGAAUGAUUUCAAAGUGGUGGAUGCAAAAAUAUCUAACAAAUCUGUCUUAUAAAAAUGUGAAUUGAGGUCGAAGAUUUGUAUUUGUCGCAACCCAGAACGGAUUUUCAGGUAUACAUCUGAAACAAAAACAAACACACAUGCAAACACACAAACAGGCAACAAAAUGUAAUUAUAUAUUAAUAUGACAGUUUUACACUUCAAUUAAUUUAACACUAUUAAAAGUUUACAGUUAUUUGUAUUUGUUACAGUUUGGCAAUUUUUUUUAAAAUUAUUAAUCAGCUUGUCUUGCCUGUAUUUCAAUGGAGGAAAACCUUUGCAUGCCACAUUCAUUGUCUUGGGACAUUCACUGUAACACAUUUAUGGUAUGAAGAACAAAAUAACUGAAUGUGAAAGUUUUAUUUACAUGUGAUACCGAAGAACAAAUUCUGAUUGGCUACUAACUUGUAUGUUUAAAUACUGCCUUCUUCAUGGCGAUUAUGGUGGAUCAUUUAUGUGAUUUGCUCAAAUUUCAGCCAUAUAAAGUCACGGUUAACAGAACAGAAGUCCUUAGAGUUUAGUCAGGGGGCUGAGAACAAGCUGGCCCGUGCCACCUUUGCUGCAUGCCGACACAAUUCACUUUAACAUGUUGUGUUAGUGCUGUGGCAAAGGCAACCCGCACACUUUGUUACUCACAGCGUGAACCAAUCAGAGGGCUGUCAGAACAGCUGUGCUCAGCCGUUUCAUUCAGAAAACAAGCCCAAUGUUGCUGCUGAUCAGAGCCCUGCAGUCUAGUGGUUUCUACUCCUGCUUCACCCACUUGUUGUUAUUGUUGUUACUCGCUGCACGUGACAUGCAUAGUGUUCCAUUACAAACAUUAUUGGGUCAAAGUGCUAAGUAGCUUACUUUGGACAGAUAAAGGUUGUGUGCCACUCUAAGCGUUUGAAGAAGAGGCUAUGGAUAAUUCGGCACUUUUUUGCAAUUAAUCUUGUAAUAUAUUAUUAUUAUGAAAUUUCUGUCCCAACUUUUUCACAAACAGCUGAAAAAAAACUAUUUAAGCUUGACCUGUGCAAUCCAUUAACAAUUCUCAAGCAUUGUUAUUUUCUGUUUGUUUGACUAUAAUGAUACAUAUAAAGAGCUGUUUUUCAAACUGGCAUAUCCUUAUAUUUGAUAUAAAUAAAAAGAGUAAUAAAUUAUUAGGGUAAAAUUAUCAAGAAAUAGUAAACAAGAAGGAAAGUUAUCUAUUGCCUAUUACUAAACACUUAUGAGAUUGUUCUUGAAAGUUCAGCCACUUGAAAUUGGCCCUUAUAAGCCUUCCCUUGUCGAUAAAUAUUUUCUUCCUGGGCCUGUUCUACAGAGAACUAGCCAGAUAUGAAAGAAGGUGGCACCUUCUUUCUCAUUGACACAGCCAUCCCAUACAAGCCCUUCAAAAGGCCAUUUACUUGUAUUUUUAAGUUUGAUCAUAAGUUAACAAUUUGAUAUGGUUGAUCAUAACUGGAAAACCUGACAAAGCACAUCCCUCUGUUGUGAUCUUUUUAUUUGUCGUUUUUAAGUGCAAGCUUGGAGAUUGAAACACGAUGAUUGUAAUAUGUAUGGUAAAGCGCUGGUGUUUGAGAAGUGUUGUUUUUUCCGUUUUUGUUGCAUGUAUUCAUAAUAUUAUUUGGUAUUGUUACACAGAAAAAACUGGUAGUGAGACACUCAAACUGCCAUCCAACAAUCUGAUGUGGUUUAUUCCGUUCCAGCGUUUGUGGUAUUUUUUUCAGUUGAAAUUGCUGCCGCCCUAUAAACAUGAAAUGUGGAGCAUGUAUUGUCGUAAAAAUAUGUAUAAUUGUUUUAGGAAGGGCUCCUCGAAGUGCAGAGCAGGCACAUCUUCAUAGUAAAUGGAAAAGGCUAUGAGAAGGUAUUUUCACACUUGGACGACUGUUGUUCUAAGUUAAGUACCUGUAGAUUAUCAUUGUGUCACGGAAUUUAACAGUGUAUACCCAUUUAUAUGUCAACACAUGGGUAUGACCUCAGACUGAGGCAUUUGGUGCUUUUUUUCUAUCAACAGCGAACUGCACGUCAUGAAAUGUGGCUCAAGGAAAAGAGGCGUGGCUUGGUUUACUUUUGAAACUCCUGGCUCACUGAAUUAAGUGCUCUCUCUCAGCAAACGUCUUAUCAUGUAUCCAACAAUAUCUUCUUUCUAUCUCUUCCUUUCAGCACCAUUUUUUUUUUUAGAAGCAAUAAUUCUGUAAGGCAACUGAUGCAGCAGAAUUGUUAAAGUUCUAUUUUUGUAUAUUUAAUUGCUCAGUUUUGAAAUUUUCAACACAGUUUUUUUGUUGCAUGAUAUGCCAUGAAUUGUAAAUAAAGUGUCCAUGUUUUGGAAGUAA